AGAAACCUUUCUAGAAUGAAGCACUACAAAACCAGAGGGGAACUCCAGGUCCCUGAGCCCACCUGCACCUCCUUCCUCUCCCGGGGGCUAAAAGACAGCACGGAGGAACACCAGCGAUCCAAUCUGGGCAGCUUUCCUGGGAAGAUGUGGCCAUUCCUGCUCCUGCUUCUGCUGGCCUUUUUCCUGCCCCCCGGGGUACAGACAGAGGAGAUCAUCGGGGGACAUGAGGCCAAGCCCCACUCUCGCCCCUACAUGGCCUACAUUCAGUUUGUGAAUAAGGGGAAGAAGAUGUGUGGAGGUGUCCUUGUGCGAGAGAACUUUGUUCUGACAGCUGCUCACUGCAGCGGAAGCUCAACUACUGUCACCUUGGGAGCCCACAACAUCAAGGUGAAGGAGAAUACCCAGCAGGUCAUCCCGGUGAAAACACCCAUACCCCACCCAAAAUAUAAUAAAACCACGCGUGCGAACGACAUCAUGUUGCUGCAGCUGGAGGACAAAGCCAAACUGAAUGACGCUGUGGGAAUCAUCCAUCUGCCCGGGAGAGGAGAUAAGGUGAAGCCAGGGAUGGUGUGCAGUGUGGCCGGCUGGGGGCUCCUGGGUGUGAACACCCCAGGCCCUGCGAAACUGCAUGAGGUUGAACUUGAAAUCCAGAGAGACAAAGCAUGUAUUUCUCAUCUCAAAUAUUACAACAACGCAUUCCAGAUAUGUGUGGGGGACCCAACGAAGAUUCAGUCUUCUUUUAAGGGGGACUCUGGGGGCCCCCUCGUAUGUGGAAAGAAGGCCCAGGGCAUUGUCUCCUUUGGCAAAACGACUGGAAAACCUCCACGAGUCUACACCAGGAUAAAAUACUUUUUGCCCUGGAUAAAAAGAACAAUGAAACGUUUCAUCUGCGGAAACCAGAUUGAGUCAGCCCGAAUUCAUCCAUCCAUCUCCUCUGGGGCACAGGCCAAUACUGCAGUAGGGGGAGGGGACUCUGUCAGACACUUAAUAAACUCCCAUCUCUAGACUGAAAGUCAUUGAUUCCUCCUUUAUUCACCAAAACCUUUAUUAGU